GAAUAUGUAAACACCAGAUUCACAGCUGAGAGAAAGAUGGCUUGCAGAGCCGUUAGUUUACGAUUUCUUAUUCCAAAAUUUGCGUCAUGCGUCAAUCGGGGAAAUUCAGGAACAAUUCCAGCUUUAAUUAGGAAGACACAACACACCAGAAACUCAGCAAGUCGACACAGAUUUUCAUCGACAGCAGCAAAACCAAAGAAAGAAACAAUAACAGUACAUUUUGUCCAAAGUGAUGGGUCUAAGUUCUCGACGACAGCUGCUGUGGGAGAAAACCUUCUGGAUAUUAUUAUCGACAAUGAUAUAGAUAUAGACGGAUUUGGUGCCUGUGAGGGAACCCUAGCCUGCUCCACCUGCCACCUAAUCUUCAAACAAGAGGAUUAUGACAAGAUACCAGAUAAACCUACAGAUGAAGAGCUUGAUAUGCUGGACUUAGCGUAUGGUUUAUCGAGCACGUCACGUUUGGGUUGUCAAGUGGUAUUGACCAAAGACAUGGAUGGACUACAAGUACAGGUGCCCACCGCAGUUGUCGACGCUCGAGACCCAUCCUAGCGACAAGCUAUAUGUUUCAACAAUUUGUUGAAAUUUUUAACACACUUUUGUAAAUAAGUUUGAUUCCGAUUGCAUGGUACUGUUGAUGAGAACCAGCAGGACUGAUAUAUGUAUAUAUAAUGUACUGUUCCUGGAAAAGGUGAUGGGAGGGAGUCGUAUGAAAUCUGAAGAAUAACACACAGUUAUAUCUAACUGUCUAAUAUUUAGACUUUAGUAUGUAUAGCUCACGUUACAUUUUUUUUAAUGGUGAUCAACCAAAACCUGGUUUGAAGCUAACUCUCCUGCAAAUUUGACAGAAGAAAUCUAGAAUAUUUUUUUUCCACAUAGGCUGAAUGGUCAAUGUAGGGUAAACUUUCCUUUUUCAACAAGUCUAAUUUAAUUAAUUUACAUAGUUGUGAAUGAAAUACAUGUAAAUCAAACAACAAAAGGACAACAGUCUACUCAUUUUCACAGUUGAAAUUGUGGGCAGUAUAAUCCAUUUGAUACUCAGAACACACAAAAAGUAGCCCAGAUUAUAUAAGAUUAGGUGAAAAGUGUUAAAAAUUGCAUAAUUACUUAAGCUUUCGACACCUACCCAUAUCAGCCCUUGGACCUCAGGCCAUUCUAGCUGAUAUACGAGGCUGGGGUUGAUACAGAGUAGGAUAUGGAAAUGGUGAUAUGAUAACCGCUAAUUCUCUGACCAUAAUCAAGUAUUCAAUGACCAAAUCCUGAUGUCUGUGACAUUACAUGAUUAUUGUACAAAUUGGGAUGUUGUAAUUUAACUGCAGUGAAGUCAUAAUUGGAAAGUCAUAAUGUGUUUGUAACAGGAGUAUUGACAUGCUAUUCACGGAUUCAUGUGAUAAAAUUGUUGUCACUAGUACAAAAUUAUGUGAUCAAUCAUUUCAUGUGAUCGAAAUUGAUAAUUAAAAUAGAGAAUAUUUCAAUUCUGGUAAAGAUGAUUCUAAUUCCGAAACAAAGUGUUUGUUAUUUGUGUGUAUUUUGUGAAUGGACUCAACCAAGUUAUGUCCCUUGACAAGGGCUUGUAUCCUGGGCUGUUUAGUUUCAGCGCUGAAACCAGGUCGGACCAUAGUUGUUCGUAUAUUAAAUAAGGUCGGACCUAGUAAUCUGAUGCUGCUUUCAGGCAAGUCUUGACAAAGCCUUGCGAGGCCUGAAUAAACAUUAGCAGGUCCGCCAGGAUUUAUACCCAAAAUUGCUACAUUUAUAAAUGGACAAACCGGUUGUUCCGCAUAAACGAACAGGCCCCUGGAUAUGAAACUGAUGACAACUUCAGUUGCAGCAACAUUUUUUCAUUAGUUACAAUCAGUAUGCUUUAGGAUGCAGUUAGUGAAUCCGAUAUAACUGAGUCACCCAAUAUUUUAGGAUUAUAUGCCAAGUAAUUGUAUCCGGUUAUCCUUUUUCUUUCAUUGUUUUUCCUUUAGUGGUCAAGUGCGCCAUGAACACUCGACUUAAAUUGAAUAUGAAGUCUUUCUCUAUUUAGAACUACCACCAAUUGUUUUUCUCAAAAAGUUGCUUCCCUUGGAUGUCUGAUGUGAAUGCCAUAUACUUAUUUUAACUAGUCACAGAUACAGGAUGGGUUUUUUUCAAAUGUUAUUCGAUUUGUCAAUAUUUUUCUGGUAAGACUCAUAUGGUGUUAAAAACAGUUUACUGGUGGAUUUUUUCAUUCACAAUAUCAAAAAUCAAAUCAAGUGGAAUAGAUUGUAGUCCAUUUAAAACCUCAAGAACAUAUGUAGUGGAAACACUUAAUGUAACAUUUUGCUAAUAUCAAGUUUUCCUAAAACACUGUUUUUCUCUAUGUACCUGGUAAAUUGUAUGAUUUAGUUUGUUUUAUAUCAUGUCAUUUGACAAAUUCCUCUUAAUAUCAGGUUUCCCAACAUAUCACAGAUAAUGUAUGAGAGGGUGUAUUUUACUAUAUUCACACCUUAGCUUGAUUUUAUAACAAAUAAGUGACUUGUGAUUUUAAAAGGAAUAUCUGUUUUAGUACUUGUUUCUGCAAGUGAGUCUGAAAAAAAACAUGUGGUGCUACAAAGUUUACAGCACUGUACUCAAUUUAACUUCAAGUGCAUACAUAAAUCUUGUAAUAGAGGACUGAAACAAUACAAUAAACUUUAACUUUGGAGAGAGACUUAUUUUGUAAAACUAACUAUGGUUGGAUUUAAAAACCAGAGUAUAUACAUUUUAUAGCAAGUGAAUGCUUAUUUGUGGUAUAAAAUGUGAUCAAUGGUACAUGUAUAAUACUUCUGGUGAAAGAGAGACCUGAUUAUUCUGUGAGUACUGGUGUACCUGGUUCCUCGUACAGCAUUCUGCCUGGUCCCUAUCUUUUAUACUGUCAGAUAUCUUCGUUAGUCGUGAAGUAGUCUUGCACCACUGUAAUGUCAAGGUGUGCGGAGUGUAUUGUAUUUAAGUACUCUGGCCUCCACCUCUAUAUCAAAGGUCAACUAUAUGUAUAACUUCAGGUGAAACAUUAUCCCGACUAUUAAUACAGUAUGUACACCUGUAUCACCAGCAGAAGGUCAUAUGUAUGUUCGCUCCAUAGGUGAGACAUGCUUUGUUCACAGAAACAAAUCUAAAUUUAAUCAGUUUUAAGUAUCUACCUAUAACUUGUGAUCUUUUGGUGUACACAUACUUAACAAACACCUGUACUUCUCAUAACUUUGUUCUGACGGUUUUGUCUGAUUGAUGAAACAGCAAAUAGCAUCAGCAGUAAUGACUGUAUCUGGUAGGAAAUUCUUUGUGUCGGAGCUCGAGGGGAACUGAUAUUUCAGAUCGAGGCUACAUCUCUUAUAAGGAAACUGGUCUUUAAUGAAGAGUUUAAAGCUAAUCAGUCGAUCCCUGUGUCUGCUCUAACAAAUCUCCACUGAAUAUUUUAAGAUUUAGAUGCAAAUAUAGCAGAAAAUAUGUUUGAACAAAUUAUUGAACUGUGAUUUACCUGUGCAUUUUAUUAGGAUUACAUAAUAUGUAAAAUACAAUACAUUUACAUAAUACAUGCACAAUGUAAUAUAACAUUUCUAAAUGGAGUGAAAUAUAUCAUGAUUUUCAAAAUAUUUAUAUUACAUUAUUCAUGGCGUUCUCAAUACCAGCAUAGAUGUAAAUUAUUUUUCAGUUUACUUAAAGAUCAUCAUAUUUUCAAUCUAUGAAGGAAAAUCCCAACACAUACAUAAGUAUAGGAGCAAGCAAUAUAAUAGAAUAAAGGGUACAAUUAUGAAAGGUAUAUAUAUGACCACUGAUAGAGGUAAACAGAUGAUGGGCAACAGUGCUCCACAAAAUUUCGUUCUGAUGUAUAUUCAUUUAACAUCCCCUUGAACAGAAUUUUAUUUGAAUGACUCAGAAUAAUUGAUUGUGAUUGAGGACAAAACAUUUUGUGAUUACGUAUGUAUCCAGGACAAGUGUGGGCUCAUGUACAGUGCAAUAACACCUGAUGUUAACAUUACCUGUAAUUAUUAUACAUACUUGUCUUCCGCUAUUUAUUCGGAUAUACAUUAUUAUUGUAUUAGGAUAUUAAGCUGAAGGUGUACUUUUGUGUAAUGCAGAUAUAUGAUGUUUCAGUAGGGUUCUGUUUCCUUCUAGUUUCCGUCAGUAGAUUUAUGUUAAUUGGACAUGUAGAUGCAGAUGAGUUAUAUAGCAGGUAGUUCUGUUUAAAUAUUGUCGUAGAUUGAUUUAUCAUCAUUCAUAUUUAUCUUUCAAAAUUCAGGGAAUGCAAUGCUAUGAAACUGUACAUUUUGACAGAUUACAGUAUUAUUUAAUGAUAAUUAUUAUUUUAAUAUUCACUGAAUGGUGCACCAAAUGAACUAGACAUAUAUACAUAUAUAUAAGAGGCUUCACAUCAAUACAGCUGUGAUAUCAAUAGUCCUCAGUAACUAACAUUAUGUAAGCUUGGGUAUACACUGACAAACUAGGUAGGCAUCACAUUGUCAGAACAUGUGACCUUAAUUUUCUGACAUCAAGAGUGUUUUAUGUGAAUUUGACAACUUAUUGCCUUUUACUGAUUGAUCAUUACCUAAACAUAGCAUCCUGUAAAUCUUAUGUUCAAGUUAGGAUUCUACAGUGUACAUAAUUAGUGUCGAAGACAGGAUCUUUAUGCAAAAUAAAAUGUUAAUUAAUCUUGACGAAUCAUUCAAGCAAGGUUCAAAAUGAAAGAAGGGAAAGGUAUCACCAGAAUAUUAUACAGAAUAUUUAAACAUUCAAUGUCAAUUACAUUUCAAAUGAGAAAUGUGUGUGUGAUGAUGGACCUAUUUGUUGCUGGUUAGAUAUGUACGAAGGGGAGUAACUCUAGUUAGAAAUAUCACGUACGGUAGUGAAUGAUAUUAUAAGUUAUUAUAGUAAUAUUCGCUGUAGCACUUGUGCACUAAUUUCUGUACAGCACAAAAUAUGAGAUGUGUAUAUGUUCCCUAGGAAGGAGUAUUGAUCUAUGAUUGUGUAACAGUGUCGACACCUGCCAAAACAAACAAGCGUGUGCUAAUUCAAGUAUGUAUAUAAUACCUGUAUAUACAUGGUGUUUGCGGUGUGGUGAUAUGAUGAAACAAUUACAUUAAACAUCAUGAUUUCAAUC